UCCACACAACGGAGUACUACUACUGCUAGGCAGGACUGUGCUGGCCUCAUUGAGCACUGGAGGCUUGUGAGAGAUUAAGGAUUUUGAAUAACUGAUCUGUGUGUGGAGAAAGCUGUCCUGAAUAUACCAAAACCGCCACAUCCACUUGAUUUAUCUAAGGAUGCGGGAGUAAGGAGAACCGAAAAAGGGGGAAGCAGCCGAUCGUGGGAUUUUCUUCUCCGCCGAGUCUGACACUAUCUUUGAAAUGUCGGGGAAAAUAGAAAGCAAGCAAGAAGUUCACAUUCUCUUCUUUGAUGUACUCUGACACCUCAGAGGGCUGCAGGAGGUGAGGUGCUGAGAACGCUCUCUCCUGACAGAAACUUGGGAACAGAACAGAAAGAUUCCCAGCGAUCCCACCUCUCCUCCUUCACCAUGAAGCUGAAGGACAAGUUUCACUCGCCCAAAAUAAAGAGGACACCGUCGAAAAAAGGGAAGCAGGUGCAGCCCGAGCCUCCUGUCAAAGUGGCAGAGAAGCCUGUGAACAAGAAUCUGAGUCGAUUAGAGGAGUACGAGAAAGAUGUGGUGAGCGCCCUGCGUUACUUCAAGACCAUCGUGGACAAAAUGGUGGUGGACAAGAAAGUGCUGGAGAUGCUGCCUGGCUCGGCAAGCAAAGUUCUGGAAGCCAUCCUCCCACUGGUUCAGGUGGAUUCUCGGGUACAGCAGAGCUCUGCAGUGUCCUCGUGUCUCAAUCGGGUUUACCAGAGCUUGGCCAACCUCAUUAGCUGGUCCGAUCAGGUGAUGCUGGAAGGGGUGAAUCUUGAAGACAAAGAAGCCAUUGUCACGGUAACCGGGGUUAUAAAGGCAGUGCUGGACGGAGUGAAGGAGCUUGUGAAGCUCACAAUUGAGAAACAGGAGCAUCCUUCUCCCACAUCCCCAGUCAAGCCAGCACUGUCUGCCUGCAAAUCAGAAAGCACUGCAGAACUUCCUCUGAGUGAGCGGGAGAAAGAAAUCUUGUCCAAAACCACACCCAUAACGCAGUCCACAGAGAUCCUAACAGACGUCACAGAUGAAGACGUGGCCCCACCCAAACCACCUCUUCCUGGGCUUAAGGUCCCUGAGCACAGUCCCCCAGCUCUGCCCCCGAAAAAGAGGCAGUCGGCCCCCUCUCCCACCAGGGUAGCAGUGGUAGCUCCAAUGAGCAGGACGACCAGUGGUUCCAGUCUCCCUGUUGGAAUUGGCAAAGGGGACUACGAUCUGGACUAUCUUCAGCGGCGCCUCUCUGGGGGCAGUCAGUCCUACGGGGGAGAGUCCCCACGGCUCUCCCCCUGCAACAGCAUCGGCAAGCUGAGCAAGUCGGACGAGCAGCUCUCCUCGCUGGAGCAGGACAGCGGGCAGUGCUCCCGCAACACCAGCUGCGAGACUCUGGAUAACACAGAAAGCUAUGACCCGGACUACGACUUCUUACACCAGGACCUGUCCAACGCUGACCAGAUUCCUCAGGCGCUGGUGGGGGGUAUUUUGAGCCCUCUGCCGGAGUGUCACAACGAGUCAUCCUCCCCCUGCCCUAUAAUGCACUUCACCUCCCCCUUCAACACGCAGCCCCCCGAAUACUGGGGCUCCGCGGGGCCGCAGGCUUCGCCCCAGCCGGCCUCUGCCGGCGGUCCCCCCGCCCUGCCAGAAAAGAAGCGGCGCAGCGCCGCCUCGCAGGCCUCCCCGCACUCCGACAGCUCGGGCUCCCGAGUCUCCUACGAGCGCCACCCCUCGCAGUACGACAACAUCUCGGAGGAGGACCUCCAGCCCGUGCCCCCCUUCCCGGUCUUCACGGCUGUCUCCCCGCAUCCCCAGGGCAACAGCGGCGCUUUCCCAGCCGAAUUCGGCGCCUCGGAGAUGUCGGAUAUCCCGGAGAGCCCACCUCCUCUGCCGGAGAAGAAGAGCAGGCACAUCUUGAAGUACAUGCAGUUUGUGGAGGACUAUUCCGAGCCCCAGCCGUCAGUGUUUUACCAAACACCUCAGAGCGAGAGCAUCUACGAGCAGAGGAACAAGCGCUUCCAGGAGGUGUACGGCUUCAACGACUCCUUCAGCAGCACCGACUCCGUGCACGAGCCCCAGCCACCCCCGGCACUGCCACCCAAGCAGAGACAGCUGGCCUCCUACACUGCCUCCUCCUCUUCCUCCUCUUCUCUCUCCUGUCACGUUCAGCACUCUAAUCCCACUACUGUCGCGGUGGAGGAUGCCAGCUCCGCUCUCAGCCUCAGCAUGUCCGUCUCUAACUCCUUCCUGAGCCGGCACUCUUCCCUCACUGCGCCUCCGUUGGCGCCUACACUUCUCCCUCCCUCCAUCUCUGAAGAGUUGCCCUUCCCUCUCGUCCUGCCUUCCUUUUACCCCUCCUUCACCCUGGCAGCCCCUCCCUGUGUUCCCUGUCCUCUACCCGUUGCGAUGGCCUGGCCCCACGCCCCUCACGCCACACACUCAUUCCUCCACCAAUCAGUGUUCGCCCAGCCUUUCUUCGACCCCACCCUCCUGAGCCAGUGGUGGCUCCACCACCCUCUCUCCAACCAAUCGCUUUUGCCCCAGCCCCCUCCCAGCCAGUCAGGCCCUAAUGUUUCGGACAGUCCCAUCUGGAUGCCUGAGCCUUCUUCCCUUUCUGCCCAUCUUGAAUCACCGUACAAGACUGUUUUUAGGUCCUACUCGCAGGACUUUGCGCCUCACAAUCAAGCCUCCAUUCCUCCUUUCCUCUCAUCUGUCUCUUCCCACUUUCCCACUGUCCACCAAUCGCAGAGCUCGGACCUUGAGGCCCCAGCCACCGCCGGCCAAUCAACAGAUCCCGGGGGUAUGGCACAUGAUUCCCUGGAAAGCUCUGGUGGCUCUCUCGCUGUCUGCCUUCCUUCUGAAUCUUCUCUCACUGACUCUCUGCAGCCCUCUGUGAGCGAGAGCGCUAACGAGGAAGGCGGGGAGGGUGAAUAUGUCAAUCUGUAUUCGUCCAGCCAAGCCAAUGGAGAACUCCCUCAUUCCAAAGGUGAGCCAACAGCUGUGACAGACGAGGUCCUUCAAGACCCCGGGCCACAGAAGUCCUCCGCCAACAGUAAAGAGAUCGCAGACGUGGAAAGGAGGCAGAAAUCCACAGACUCGGGUCAGAGCGAUGAGGAGGUGGACGAACUCUCUCUUAUAGACCACAAGGAGAUCAUGGCACGAAUAACACUAAAGCAAGAGGUGAGCAGCUAUUCUAAUGAUGACGGACCAGAUGUGCGGGCUGGAUCAGGAGAUAUUUUAUUAGUCCACGCCACUGAAACAGACCGCAAAGACCUAGUUUUGUACUGCGAAGCGUUCCUUACAACAUAUAGGACGUUCAUUACACCCGAAGACCUAAUAAAGAAGCUCCAUUACAGAUAUACAAGAUUCUGUCAUAGCCCAGACACCUUUAAGAAGCGUGUGAGCAAAAACACGUUUUUUGUGCUUGUACGGGUUGUGGAUGAACUCUGCCUGGUGGAGCUCACAGACGACAUCCUGAAGCAGCUGAUGGAGCUUGUGUUCAGGCUGGUGUGUAAUGGAGAGCUGAGUCUGGCCAGGGUACUGCGCAAGAAUAUCCUGGACAAGGUGGAGCAGAAGAAGCUGCUGCGCUACACCAACUCCCUGAAACCUCUGGCUGCUCGGGGGGUAGCCGCCAGACCGGGCACUCUUCACGACUUCCGCAGCCAUGAAAUUGCUGACCAGCUCACACUGUUGGAUGCAGAACUGUUCUACAAGAUAGAGAUCCCUGAGGUUUUGCUGUGGGCUAAGGAACAGAAUGAGGAGAAGAGUCCCAACCUGACCCAAUUCACAGAGCACUUUAACAACAUGUCCUACUGGGUUCGAUCCAUAAUAAUUCAGCAGGAGAAAGCCCAGGAUCGGGAGAAGCUACUUCUUAAAUUUAUUAAAAUUAUGAAGCACUUGAGGAAGCUGAAUAAUUUUAACUCGUAUUUGGCAAUACUGUCAGCACUGGACUCGGCGCCGAUCCGAAGACUGGAGUGGCAGAAACAGACUUCAGAGGGGCUGGAGGAAUACUGCACCUUGAUUGACAGCUCCUCGUCUUUCCGAGCGUAUCGAGCGGCGCUGGCGGAAGUGGAGCCCCCCUGUAUACCCUACUUGGGUCUCAUCCUGCAGGACUUGACAUUUGUUCACCUGGGGAAUCCGGACUUCAUCGAUGGCAAGGUCAACUUCUCCAAACGGUGGCAGCAGUUCAACAUCUUGGACAGCAUGAGGCGCUUCCAGCAAGUGCAUUACGAUCUCAAGCGCAACGAUGACAUCGUUUCCUUUUUCAACGACUUCAGCGAUCACCUGGCAGAGGAAGCGCUGUGGGAGCUGUCUUUGAAAAUCAAGCCGCGCAACAUCACCCGGCGCAAAACGGAGCGAGAGGAGAAAACUUAGGGGCUGGAGGCGGCUCGGACGCGUCUGUCAAACCGAAGCAGCUUGAAACUGAAACUGUGACGGCAGCUAAAAGACUGGAGAGAACCCCUUUUCUGUUACAGUUUACUCGGAAACGUUUUUCUUUCGGAAAAUGGCCUGGCUCGUAGCCUGUGGCCCAGACAGCAGAAGGAAGAGGGAGCCCUAGUGCAGAGCUGAAGCUGGAGGCUUUUGAGUGACUGCCAGAUUCCUCCCCGUCUGUGUCAAGCCCCGUCGUGUCCCGUUUCAUUGUGUGUUUCAAGACGAGCCUGUGGUCGUCCUCCACCAGGUCUCUAGAAUCAUUAAUGCCCAUCACCAAACCUGCUUCUUUUGCAAUACUUUCCUUGGUGUCCAAGUGAACUGUUUGCUGUUGAAGGACAGAUGCUUGGCUUGGCAGGGGAAUCUCCUGCCACUCCUGCUAUAGCACCUGACAAUCUGUAGACUGAAGGGGUUUGUCAAGGGGCUGAAGACUUCUAUAAACCUAGAAAAUUGAAGCAGGGGUACAAAGGAGGGCAGUCGUGGUGCUUGUGGCAGAGGUGUUGUCUAAAUCCAAGAAUAAACUGUCAGAAUACCAACUAUGGUUCCGCAUCCAAACAUAAAUUUUACAUGCAUUCUUCUUUAAGCAAUUGAUGUAUACUGCUUUUGUUCUUUAAAAGUUCAGUGCGGGAAGGAUCUUGCCUCCUGGCAAGCUGAGUUCAAACGUGCACUAAUAACACCAUGACCUGUGGCAGACAUGUGAGGUGUUAUUAAAUAAUGGGAGAGUUGGGGAAUGCAGUCAGCACCUUUGUUCUUGCCCAGUAUGUACCUGGGUGCAUUGUCUUCUGUCUCUCUGCUCUGCUACAGGGAGGACAGAAGAAUGUUACUAUUAUCUUCUCUUGUCUACAGAGUUACCCUAAAAUGGGGCAAGGCUCAGUGCACAGCUAGGAAGAGCUUGGGGGAAAUGGCUCAGUGAACACAAUCCUAACGGAAUCUGGUGCUGUAUUUCAUUACACAUGCCAUCAUUUUCUUCAGAGUUAUUAUAUUGAAAUUUUGCCUCUUCCAGCAUACUUAAUCACUAUAGUUAGUACAUAAUCGGUAUAAUACAAAGAAAUAUGUUCUGGAGCAUUUUUUUAUGAGUGCUUAAAUGAGUCAUACUUAGGUUCACUCCCCAACACACCCAAACAAACACGCUUAAACCAACACACCCUAUGUCGGAGUAGUAUUAAUAAUUGCAGUGCAUCACAAAAGUCUGAAACCUUAUAGUGUGGAAAUAUUGUAGCUCAAACUUGUUUCGUCAAGACCUUUGCACAAUGGGUAAAUUUAGAAGGAGAACACAUCCAUCCCUGACACCUUAAACAUUGAAAUACAAAAAGGUUUUAAUACAUUCUCCAGCUGAUCCCUUUCUCAGUAUGUAGCCAGUAGUUGUAAGGACAGUUUGGUUAGUCUUUGAAAGACAUCGGUCAAAACAUUGAUUUUAGUACAUAUAUCAACAGUUUGCUUACUGGAGAAUAAUCGUUGGUGAUUGCUAUCCCAUAGUUUGUCAUAACCCACAACUAUGGAGUUGCCGUCAUCAAUGGAAAAGGAAUACAGGCCAAUACGCAUUUUAUAGCUCUGGUUACCUCCCACAGUCAAAGGCCAUACCUGCACGUUAAUUGGCUUCUGGGAAAACUGUGUGAGUGCGUGUGUGUCUGUGUCUGUGUUUGUGUCUGUUUGCCUUGUGAUGGAC